AUGGACCUGCCGCCUGCCCCUACCCAAGACCCCCGCUACGACUUCAUAGGACUCUUCACGUUGAAAGCCCUUAAGUUGAAACCAGAAAAAUGGCUUCGAGUUAUAACUACAGAGGAGUACAAAGCCGUAGUGGACCAGUUCCUCAACCAGCCUCUGCCUUUGCUGUUGGUAGUAGUGUUGACGAAUGCCAACCAGCUCGUCCCGGUGGUGUCCUUUCCGUGCAAUUUGAAGAACAAGUCAUGUUACUUUGUGAAGUCCAUGCCAGAUGUCGUCCCGAAGGAAGGGUGUGGUGAAAUGCUUAUUUAUGGUGAUCUGGCACCAAAACUAAUAGACGAACUAGCGUCUUUGGUGGACGAAAUAUUCGUGCCUCUGCUGUCGAACCCCAUCAACCACGAAGGGUGGCCCAUCGUCGUGUCCCAAGAUAUCCUGAAGCAGAUUCAUAAUUUAAAAAGCACUGUUAAUGAGGUAAAAGGCAAAGUUAACGGCCAGACCAUACUCCCUCUACCAGUGGGGGUAGAACUAGUUCACGAUGCGGAGAAGCAAGUGCUGAGAGGCGAGGAGGUGGAUCUGUACCUAAAGAGUGCCAUUGAAGGCGUCGUCAUCAAGUGGGCUCAGCAGGUCAAUGACGUCAUGAAUGAUGACUCUGCUCUGGCUUUUGAGAAUGGACAGAAUCCACUGCCGAGUGUUGAGCUCGCCUACUGGAGGUCCAGGCUCAACAACCUGAACUACAUUUACGACCAGCUGUGCAGCGAGCGCGUGCGCUGCAUGUCCGUCAUACUCGAGAAGACAUCCUCUGCUUACUACCCUUGCUACAGCCGAUUGUACAAAAACACCAUCUCAGCUUUAGAAGAAGCAAAAGAAAUCGACUUGUAUCUUCAUACUUUAGACAAACACUUCUUCAAAUUAGAAAUAGCCGAUUUCACGGAAUGUCAAAUUUUGUUUCGACCAAUGUUUCAUGUAAUUUGCAUGAUUUGGCGAGACUCCAAAUACUACUGUAGUUCUUCAAAGUUGAUUGUGCUGCUGAAGCAAAUAAAUAAUCUACUUAUUUAUACGGCAAAAAAAUGUCUUGAUCCAACAACCAUCUUUCAAAGUGACAUUACUGAAGCAGCGUUGCGCAUACGCUUAAGCAUUGAAGUUAUAAAGGACUAUCGGACCACUUUUGAUUAUUUUAAAGACAACUUGCAAAAAUACUUUGGAGAAAGAAAAGUAUCACCGUGGGUCUUCGAUACAAACGCCGUUUUUGAAAGACUGGAUAAAUUUUCAGAACGGCUCACUACUAUUCUGUGGUUUUUUGAAACGGUCUUAGAAUUCCGGAAACUAGAUAACAUAGAAAUAGGUGGCAUCAAAGGUAAAAUACUCAGUGGGGAGUUGAGGGAGAUUUCAACAGAAUUCGAAUCUUACUAUCAAGGUUUCGCGUCAAAGACUUACGAUGUUCUCGACCCUGAUGACGUAAGGUUUAUAGCAGAUUUCAAAGGAUUUCAAGAAAAUAUAAUUGAUUUAGAUUUAAAAUUGGCAACUGUUUUAGUUGAGGCUUUUGAUAACUAUCCUACACUGGAUGAUAUAUUCAAGCUGAUCGAAAUAGCUGGAACAAUAUUGGAUCGUCCUUUGAUAAAGAGUCAAUUCACAGCAAAGUUCGCUGAGAUAAUAGAGAUGCUGGACAAAGAAAUGACAGCAUGCGAAACGAAGUACAACGAGCAACUUGAACGUCUUGAAAACUUCGGUAUUAUGGAGAUUGAUAUUUACAUGCCUCCCGUAGCAGGAGGAUUGGCAUUCAUGUCGACGCUGGCUGCCAGGAUCACCAAGCCUGUAGUCAGCUUUCGCAAUUUGCCGCACCCUUUGGGCUAUAUUUCUGAGCAUAUGAACCCUAAACAUAAUCUGGCUCCAUUGUUGAACGCUCAAUUAGAACUUUUGGAUCCUGAAAUGGUUUUGGAUCCAACUUUAGAUGUAAAUGAUGAAAAAGGCUUAAUGGCUAUAUUGAAAGGGAUAAUUGAAGACAUACUAAAAAUGUCCACCCUCAUUGAAAGAAUCGACGUUUCUAAAGAAACAUCCUAUGAACACGAAAUUCUAAAUAAUAGCGUUAUUAUAGAAAUUAAAAAUGAGAUCAUAAAUGAGGUCGACAUCAGGCCUUUCUUGCAAGCCCUCUUAAAUUUGACUAGAAAAUGGGGAAAUAUGUACAAAGAACAUUUGGUAGAGCUUGUGACUUCAAACUUGACUGAUUUGGGUAAUUUCAUUCGUAAAGCUGACGAAGGACUUAUUCAGCCAGUAGUGGAAGGUGAUUAUCAAGCUCUCAUCAAUGUGAUGGGGUAUUUGAUGAACGUCAAAGAUCGGACUGAAGCUACUGAUAAAAUGUUUCAACCAGUCACAGAGACUAUCAAUCUUCUCAAGUUCUACUUGGUUGAUAUACCUGAGGAAGUUAACGUUUUACUUCAGGAACUACCUCUACAAUGGGCAGCAACUAAGAAAUUAGCAGGAACAGUGAAACAAACAGUUGCUGCUCUACAACAAGCUGAAGUUAGUGGCAUCAAAGAGAAAAUAAAAAUAUUUGACGCACUAGCUAUACAUUACAAGGAAGUGUUUAAAAGAUACAACGUAUGUAUUGACUGA